CCGUCUUCUGUCCACUACUCUUUAUCAUCCUCAUCACAUCCACUCACGCCAUCCUCUCCUCCCCCACUCCCCUCGACACAUUCGUUCCACACUGCUUGCAAUCACCUCCGCCCGAAACACGCAUCCACCCUUCCCUUCUGGCGGUACUGCAACAUCCUACAACGUCCCUCAUCCCCCCCUUCCCAGAUCUCACCCAACCCGCCGGAGUUGCAUCACCACAGUAUCCUCUCCUUCAGCUGGUCGCGCAUCCUCGUCUAGCUCGUCGCAUCCGACGCCCGCGCCGUGUCAGCUGUGACCGACGCCAUGGUCGAUUACAACCGAGCACCUCCGCCACCUGUGGAUCACCACACGUUCGAGUUCGGCUCGUCGCUACCCCCUGGCGCGCUCCUCCCCUCGAUACCUGGCUACACGCCAGCUACGGGUGUCCAGCAUGCCCAGCCUUCGUCCCCGCCGAUGGGCGGCACGCUUCACGGCUCGCACAGCCGCGACAGCAUGCGGGGCGCGAGCGAGUUUGGCCACGAUCCUUCCGCGCGAGCGACCACACUGCCCUUGCGUCCGGGCGAGCGGAACGGCGCCUUUUCGACGCGUGAGAUGCAUGGCUCGCUGCCGCCUCUCCCGCCCGCCGCGCCAGCCCGUCGUUAUGGAGGAGGCAGUGUGCGCCGCGCACUUCCACAGAUACCAGGGGCGGACGGUGCGAUUAAGGCGUCCAGGCCACCCGUCACCCCUGCACCUGCUCUUGCACCUGCAACGCCAUCAGAGCUCUCGUACGCGCAAUCAGUGUCACCGGUGCGGUCUGCAACACAAAGACGCGCAUUGCCCACUCCUCCCACUGCACAAUCUUCCUCGAAACCGCCAUUGGCACCCACAGUGUAUCCGACACAAGACUCGUCUCCGCGGAGUCUUCCUAACCCAGCUUCAGCCAUGCGCACCGGCCUUGCGCUUCCUCAAACUUCUUCUCUCCAGCAACAACAGCAACAAGCUUCGCCCGAUCCGCCGGUGCGGCAGAUGAGCAACGCGUCGUCAACCUACGACUCUAGGGUGUCUCAUAACACUACCGACUCGUACUUUGGGUCGUCGUCAACUGUGCCCACCAGUGCCACAUCACACUCGAUGCUGACUUCCAAUUACCCACACAAGCCGAACCACCUCUCGCACGAGAUGUUUACCAUCCGUAGCGAGUCGCCUGCCAACGACAGCGGCCUGGCGUACGGCUCUAGGCUGGAGAUUUCUAACCAACGAGUUCGCACAACCAGCGGGAAUGACAAUUAUUUGUCGAGCACACCUACAGCAUCGUCGUGGGCGCACGAGCAAGCUCAAAUUCGUCUCGCUGCGUCGCCCAGCAUCAACAGCCUGAAGACUGAGGCAGCACCAACGCCUCCGCCCUUUGUGCAAACUCCUUCUCCCAUUCCAACUCCUUCACCCGCUCCGGUUCCUGUCGCCUUCCCAGAAGCUCGGCCCAUCUCUGAUACCGGGGCCAUAAUCUAUUCCUCUGCCGCUUACCCUUCCCAGACCCUCCCGGCACAGCAGUCUCCUUAUGUGCGCGGUCUCGACCUCAACGAGCAACUGGGGGUCGAGCCCGAGCGAAUGAAUGGGCGCGAUUUCGAGUAUCAGGCUGAGUAUGAGCAACCUAUCGCCUCGGGAUCCAGCACCUACGCGCAUCAAGUUCCGAAUGGCGCGGACGGCGGGAUGGGGGAGCCGGACAUGGGCCAGAGGCACCCGGCCAGGUGGUACCGGGACAAACUUGCGCUUCAUCAAGCCGCCGGCGACGGCGACUUGUACGACGAGGACGGCUACGAGUACCAGUCAAGUGGCGAGGAGGACGAGGCAGGGGACGAGAUGAACGAGCUCCGCUUCUUCAACCCGGCCUACCUAAGUGAGACGGCCGUCCAGGUUCGUGACCGCGUAAUUCGAGGCUCGCACGUUAAAGGUGGAAUUACUUAUGCCGGGUCGUUCACCGGAACAGACCUGGUGCACACUAUCGGCAACCUUCUCCCGCCAUUCACCCGAGAUGGCCCAGCGGAUAGACGCUUCGCCCUCCAGACGGCAAAAUCUCUUCACUCCCAGCUGUGGGUUGUCGAAGCGGACUGGGUGCCUCGUCCCAUGCGUGAUUCCCCCGAUGACGUCUUCAAGUUCAUGAGUGAUUUGGACGGCAUGGGCGAGGACGUUUCCCUUCCCAAGGGCGUUCUCACGAUGGCCACUAAGUGUUACUCUUCAAGCUGCAACGGCGCAGGAGGGUGCUAUUCACCUCGCUGCCCUUACACCACGCCGCCCAACUCAUUCCUCACUGUCGUCGACGAAGAGCCUGGACCGAGCAGACAGCCCGUCGCCAUGGUCAAGAACGAGACGGACUGGACUGAGGAUAUUCCAGCGUCGCAGCUGGCGCAGAUGACGGAGGAGGGGCGCGGUCGCCAGACGCUCAUCCGUCACGCAAUCCUCCUAGAGGAGCGCUACGAGGCUGACCUUGCCAUCGUGGAACAGUCGUUCAUCAUUCCCUUGCAGACCGCCAAUCCGCCUAUCGUGCAGCCGUAUGGCAAGCUGGACCAGUAUAUGCGCCAAUUGUUCAGCAACAUUGUUGAGAUCCGUCGCUCGUCCCGCGCGCUGCUGGACAACUUUGCGGUUCACUUGCGCGAGCAGGGCCCACUGAUUCAGAGCGUUGGCGAUAUUUUCCUCGAAGCAGCUAUCGAGUUCCGCUCCCUGUACCCCUCAUACAUCGACAAUCUCCCCAAAGCUGAGACACUGCUCAACAAAUUACUUGAGGAGCACCGGCCGUUCGCACACUGGAUGAUGGAGGUGUCCAGUGGGACACAAGACCGGCGCCUAGAUUUGCGCUACCUUCUCAAGCGUCCUGCCACGCACCUCCAGAACUACCCCAGCCUCAUCCAAGGUAUUCUCGACAAAACGCCGCCCGAGUCACCUGAUUGCGACUUCUUGACCGAGGCUCUUGAGUCGAUCCAGAACAUCUCGUACCUUUCGCGUCUCAAACUGUUCCAGGCGUCCAAAGGUCGCGGCCCUCAUGGCAAGCUGCAGUGGCACGACAUCGUGUCACCCAAGGUCCUCAAGUCCAUGUCGCCGAAGGAAUGCCGGCUGCAGCACAAUAUCUGGGAGCUCAUCGAGGGCGAGAUGCAGUACGUCGCAGACCUCGAGGCCAUCGACACCGUUUUUAUCACCCCCUUGCGCGAGGCGGACCGGCCGAUCAUCGAACGCUCGCGCCUCGAGGUGUUUAUCGAUGACGCCUUUCACAACUACCGGUCCAUUCUUGAUGUGCACGAGAGGUUGCUUGCCGACUUCCACGAACGCCAGCUCGAGCAGCACCCCAACUUCGGCAUGGUGUCGGACCUGAUGCUCAACGCCGUUCUGCACUGGCACGAGGCAUAUAUGGAGUACAUGCCUCACUACCCCAUCGCCAAAGCCAAGAUUGACGACGAGAAGGCAAGGAACCCGGCUUUUGCAGCGUUCCUUGACGACGCUUUCAAGAACCCGGCCGCCAACAAGUUCGACAUCACUCACUACAUUUAUCGCCCAAUUGCCCGUCUGGUGCGCUACAAAAUGCUGCUCGAGAGCAUCGCGAAGACGAAGACAGCCGUCCUAAUGGAGAAGGGUCAGACCCCGGAGGAAGACCCCGAUAUCGCUGGCAUCCCUCAGGUCAUUGAUCUCACGGAGAGCCUGGCUAAAGCGGGCAACAAGGGUGUCGCCGUCAACGAGGCCAAGGUCGCGUUGUGGGCAUUGAAGACAACUCUCGACGGCGGCAAGUUGGGUCCACGCACCGUUCGCGACCUCGAUUUGCUCAACGCAAUGCGAGAGCUCAUACAUCAGGGCAAGGUAUUCCGACAGCCUGAAGGCACAAUUGGUGGCUCCUGGACCGAGCUCCAUCUCCUCCUCUUCGACAAUUAUCUCGUUCAGGUCAAGCAGACCAAGUCCAAGAACCGCGGCGAUCCCCCUCGAUACAGUAUCAACAGGCGACCGAUUCCCCUCGAGCUCCUCACGCUCGGAGACUUCUUCCAGCCAGCUCAGACGCGCUCGAUUGGUGUUCUCAACAAGAUCGGCGGCAAAGGUCAUAGCGAGGGCAAGGAGCAGACCCAAUCCGACUCGAGGACAGUGUACCCAUUCACAUUUUCUAUUAUCGGUGCGGGUCUCAGCAGUGGCCAGUACACGCUGUGGACCGACUCGGAGCCUGCGCGCCGAGAGUGGCACGAAAAGCUUAAGCACGCCAAAGUGCUGCGCAGCGAGGUUGACGAGGCGAACAAGGUGUUCGAGUUCACGCCGCUGAGCCUGGACACGUUCUACAUGGCGCCUGGCUACGGCGUCCACCCUCACGCGCAACAGGAGUACACCGGCCGCGUGACGUGCUCCGUGCCGUUUGUGACCGUUGACAACCGCAAACUCGUGGCCGUGGGCUGCGAGCAGGGCGUCUGGAUUGGCGUGCAGCAUGACCCCCCUUCGCUGCGCAAGGUCUUGCACGUGAAGAGCGUGACGCAGAUUGCUGUUCUCGAAGAGUUUGGCAUUUUCCUGGUGUUGGCAGACAAGAGCUUGUUGGCUUACCACCUGGAGGCCUUGGUGCCUACGGCAGCGUCGCCGCAGGUGCGGUCUGCACCGCAGCGACUUAGUGGCGUGCGUGACAUCGUCUUCUUCGUUGUCGGGCAGAUCUCUGGCCGGACGUUGGUCCUCUACGUCAAGCGUAAGGGCAUCGACUCGGUCUUUAGGGUUCUUGAGCCAGUGUUGAGCCGUGGAGCGGAGGAUCGUCGUCGCGGUGCGCUCGGCGGUCUUCUGGGCCAACGGUCUGAGUGGUUCCGCCUGUACAAGGAGUUCUUUAUCCCGACAGAAGCACUGCACGUCCACUUCCUCAAGGCCAAGAUCGCGAUUGUGUGCGCCAAGGGCUUCGAGAUUAUGGGCCUCACGGACUUGCGCGGCGGCUCUAUCCCAAUAUUCGAUCCCAACAAGACGCGCGACAGACCUGCUCUGGGCGAUCUUGCUCGCCGAUGCGAAAAUGCCAAGCCGAUUGCCAUGUUCCGCUCCACAGACAGCGAGUUCCUCCUCUGCUACGACAGAUUCGGCAUCUACGUCGACCGCCAUGGCGAGCCCAACCGAGACAUGCAGGCGGUGGAGUGGGAGGGUACGCCCGAGAACAUUGUGUUCCACCCGCCAUACUUGUUGCUCAUCUCGCCGUCGUUCAUCGAGGUGCGCCACAUCGACUCGGCCAAGUUGCUGCAAAUCUACACCGGCGUCGACAUCAGGUGCACCUGGGAUGGCACGGGUGGUAUGAUCAAGAGACACAACGACGCGCCGGGCCCCAAGGGCUGGGGCGAGGAGGUGAAGUCGACCGACCCGCGCAUCCACAUUUGCAAGCGUACCGACGACCCUCGCCGUACCAGGGGUAUUGGGCAGCACGUGUUCGAGCUCACGCCGACGCUGCUGCUCAACAACCCACUGCUCAACCCCGUACACACGCAGGAUCCGAACUACUUCCCUCCUGCCCCCCUGAACCACCGCACCAGCAUGAGCAACUCGUCAUACGCAGGCGGCGGGUACGCCGGCGACCCGUAUGCCAUGGACAGGCGGAGCAUCAGCUCAGCAAGCACAACAACAUACCCGAACCCGAACGGGUUCACGUCACAGACGCAGCUGAUGGGCGCGACGCCGCAGCCAGGCAUGCUGAAUCCUUUGGGACGGCGCGUGAGCGACAUGUCGACGCCCUCAAUACCCCCAAUGACAGGCGGGAACGUCUUCGAAAUGCCCACCGUGUACCAGAACGAAGUGCGCGACGACUACGAGUACUUCAACAACCGCGGUGCCAGUCGAGAGUACGACCGCGGUCCUUAUCAGCAGAGCGCCGGGCUGUCUCCGCAGCGACUUCCGUCGAAUGAAUGGUCGUCACCGGGGCUCCCGGCGGGGUCGGGAGACCGCUACGACAACUACGGGGGCGGGUAUCAGCAGCAGCAGGCCCAUGCGCACGCGCAGAUUAACUACGGGCACCAGCAGGCGUAUCAGCAACCGCAGCGCGGCCCGAGCGACUACGCACAAGUGUCCCAGGCUGACGACAACGAUGUCACUCCCACGCCGCAGCGCUACAGUGAACAUGAGCAGAUAAGCCAGGCCGGCGAGUUUGGCGGGUACCAGUCGCAGCAACACUUUGCCGCCGACUACAACGGGUAUCCACAGUAUCAGCAGCAGCAGCAGCAGCAGCAGCAGCAACAGCAGCAACAACAGCAACAGCAACAACAACAGCAACGGCAACAGCAACAGCAACAGCAACAGCAACAGCAACAACAGCGGUUCCAGGGACAGGGAGGAGGGCAGAGCUACUACCGAUGAGUACAGUGGUUGUAGGAAUAAUCAAGGUGGACUGGUUCAAUGCUUAUGAGGGUCAUUGCCUGGGUUAGACAAAUUAUGUGUGAUUGAUGUAUAUUAUGAAUCUACAGUGGACGCAAGGCCGCAGUCGACAUGACGGGUGAC